AUAUUAGAUAUCCCAACGGUUUUUUUGUUAAGCAAAAUUUAAUGUAUUUUGUUCCCAAUAGUUGGCAGCACCAGCCCGUGACGUCACACAAAGAGUUUGUUUUUCCCUAAUCAACUACAGGUGACAAGAUGUUCUCCAGUGGCCCCAACUAUAACAAACUCAAGACAAAUCUGCGCCUAGCGCAGAAUCGUCUCAAGUUGCUAGAAAAAAAGAAGGCGGAGCUCACGCAAAAGUCCCGCAAGGAAAUAGCCGACUACCUCGCUACAGGUAAAAUAGAACGGGCACGCAUACGAGUGGAGCAUAUUAUACGUGAGGAUUAUCUGGUGGAGGCCAUGGAAAUUGUGGAAAUGUACUGCGAUCUGUUGCUGGCACGCUUUGGCUUGAUACAGCAAAUGAAGGAGCUGGAUGCUGGCAUAGCCGAGCCGGUGUCAAGCCUUGUUUGGGUGUGCCCUCGCUUGCAGAGCGACAUUGGCGAGCUGAAGAUCAUCUCUGACAUCUUUAUCCAGAAGUAUGGGCCACAGUUUGCGGAGCAUUCGCGCACCGCCACCGGUGAGCAUUUUGUCUCGGAGAAGCUGAUGCACAAGCUGACGCUCCAGGCGCCGCCCAAGCUGCUUGUGGAGAACUACUUAAUAGCCAUUGCCAAGAACUACAACAUCGAAUACGAGCCUGAUCCACAGGUCAUGCAGGAGGAGCAAAAGCCCGAUCAGCAGCAUCAUCUAAUCGAUUUGUCAGAUCGCAAUAAUCUUAGUGGUGGCGGCGGCGGCGGCGGAGGCGCGCCUGCUCCGCCCCAAAUGGGCUUCAUUGGCUACCCAGCAAUGCCACAGCUGCCAGAUAUGCCACUGCCGCCCAGCAGUAAGCCAUUCAACUAUCCGCCCUUUGGUGGCAGCGGCGGCGGCGGCGGUGGUGGUGGUGUUGGUGGAGGAGCCUGUGCCGCUCCAUCUCCGAUUCAGCCGCCGCCACCAUUUGCAUAUAAUAUACCGCCCAAUCAGCCGCCGGCAUCGACUUCGGCGCAGGGCAAGUGCGCAGAAGAGAAGGAUUUGAAUACGAAUUUUAUAAAUCACGAAACUAAAACCAACAACGGUGAGUCGGAUGGCUCUGGCAGUCCGGACGAGAAUAUUUUGCGCCCCAAACCGCAAAAUGAUCCACCGCCACGUUACUCCUCGAUUAAUCCCGUUAAUUUGCAGAAUGCCAACAAACCGAAACCUCAACCUCGAUCAAAGCUGCCGCCCGGCGGACCGGAGCAGCCCAGCGCACCGCCACCGAUGGAUUUGCCAUCGCUGCCCAACGUGCCGAACGAUUUGCCGGAUGUGCCAGGCGGGGACAAGCGCGGGGAUGACGAUGAAAUUGACUUUGAUGAACUGUCGCGCCGAUUUGAAAACUUGAAGAAGCGAAAGUGAAGCAACUGCCAACACUCACGCCCU